AUGAGCGAUCGAGAAUCGAAGAUCUCGACAACAUCUUCUGAUGCCCCCAGCGAUGUUUCAGAGGGGGAAAUUCAGGCGAAUUGGAGCCAAAGGCCGCACGAUGGUCAAGUUGAGGUAGUUCGUGGUCCGUAUAAAGGGCGGAAGGGUGUCGUUAUAAGACGGAAAUCAACUCUUGCCGGAAAUCACAUAUCAUCGUGGCGCUACAUGGUCAAAUUGAAUGCCACAUAUGAUGAACAUGGCGUCGUUGUUGUUCAAGAGGAGGAUCAGGUGGUGUUUUUGCAUGUCUAUCUCAAGCCUCGUUCGCGAGCUUAG